AUGCCUGCUGCGCGCCCACCCUCCUAUGCGGCUGAUGCCAAUAUGGGUUUGGCCCACGCCUACACGAACCUCGCCUACAAACCCCUAUCAGACUCCAAGAUCGCACCGUCCCCAUUGAAGCCGGACCAAAAGGUCGCAAAGGACGACGAGGCGUAUGCCGAGAAGCUCUACAACACCAAGUCCAUCAGCAGCUCGUCGGAGGAGCCGUACGUCCCGGAUGUUCCGGCCCCAGGAUACCAGGCGGAGGCGGCUCAGGGUCGUGCUUCGGUCGGCACGACCGCAUCUACCGGUGUGCGAUAUGCGCUCAUGACCUUGCACUUCUGCUUGUCCGUCGUCGCCAUCGCCUUCAGCGGGGUGGUCUUGUUCGACCUUCCGUGUCUCAUCGAGCAGGCGAUCCUCGUCAUCUUCAUGCUCGCCUACCUCCCUGCCGCCUUCGGUCUCGCAGUCGCCAAGAAGUCAUCCCGUUUCGACCAAGCAGGGAUGGAAGUCGCGUAUCUCGUUAUCCAGCAAGCCGGCUGGAUAGCGAGCGCGGCCCUGAGCGGAGUCUUCUACGACGAGCGGUGGAGGUCCGCGCGCUUGGCUCAGCUAGACGAUAUCAGAACCGGUACCAUUGCCUCGUCCGCUCGCUGGCCCUUCCCCAUGGCGGUCUGGUAUUUUACCAUCCUCGGCCUCUCGGUCGCCAAUUUUGCCCUGUUGAUGGGGUGGAUGAUCUGGGUCAUCGUCUUGGUCCACCGGGCGAGCUCGGGGAAUGCCAAGCGGGCUUUCAAGCUUAGUACGGCGGCGCUGAUGAGGGGAUAG